AUGGCCGACAAGACUGACGCCGCCGUGUCCAACAACGACGCCGCCAAGGACGACGCCAAGGUCGACACCCCUGUCGCCGACGCCGCUCCCACGACGCCUGCGACGCCUGCUGCGGACACCGCCUCGACUAGCGAUGCCAAGAACACCGAUGCCGAUGCCGGCGACAAGAAGGACGGGGACAAGAUGCCCGCUGCGGCCCCGGCACCGACGAUUGAGCAGUCCCUCGAGGAGGGUAUCGGUAAUGUCGUCAAGGGCUUCGGCUCCAUCUGGGGCGUCAUGAAGGCGAGGGUGAGUACGACGAGCGUUGCGCAGCAACGCAUGGGCGUUCCGAAGGAUCGCUCUUCCGCCAAGGGUACCGUCCGUGCCCUUCUUUUACAGAAGCUACUCAGCUUAGGUGCGGCCUGUAGAGCUAACGAUCAGUCCGCGAACACGCUGAAGCAGGUCCAGACGCAGGCGAACAAGACCUACCAGCAGCUGCAAGACGACAUGAAGACGCUGCAGGAGACCAAGGUUGAGGUGACAGCGAAGAAUUCGGCGCAGUGGGAGGCGGAGCAGGAGGAGGCGAAGCGGAAGAAGGAGGCUGCCGCCGAGGCUGAGGCGAAGGCGAAGGCGGAGGCGGCGGAGGACGAGAGCUCCGAAGAUCCCUCCGACCCGAAGGGCAAGGGCAAGGCGCGCGCGCGGGACACGCCUGAAGCGGGCCCGAUCGCAGACGCUGAAGCGACGGCGCGCUCUCUCUUCUCCCGCCUCAGCACCCAGACCUCGGCGCUGCAGAACACGCUCCAGUCAUCUCUCUCGACGACGCUGGCCAGCGCCCGAGCGAGCGGACUCGACGACCCGGCGGCCCUCCGCGCGCGUCUGGCCGAGAACCUGCGUCUCUCGGAACUGAAGCUGAGCCUGCAGCAGGCCGAGAAGCUUGCGGAGGGGUACGUCGCCAAGGGCCGGGGCGCGGCCGAGGCGUGGGCGGCCGAGGCCGAGCGCUGGGUCGAGGAGAACGUGAAGGUCGUCCCGCCGCCGAGCAAUCUGCCCAGCGGGGGCUUCGACGCCGGGGAGUGGUACGCCUUCACCACCAGUGCGCCAGCGACGGGUCCCGCGACGCCGCGCACCGAAUCCCCUGCGCCGGGGCUGGGUCCCAUCGCCGGGUCGAGGAAGGAGGCCCUUCUCGCGCGUUUACGCGCCGAUACAGCCCUGUUGCUCGUCGACCCGGCCGCGGAGACCGAGUCAAAGGAACGGAGGGAGGAGUACGCGAAGUGGAUUCGGGAGAAUGCCGAGAAGAUCCCGGGCGAGAAGGAGAAGGAGGUCGGCAACGUGGGCGAGAUCCGCAUGGCGCUCGUGCCCGAGCAGCUCGACGAUGGCGAGUUCUGGACCCGGUACCUCUUCCACAGGGACAUGAUUGAGGAGCAGGAGAAGAGGCGCAAGGCGCUGCUGAUGGGUAAGUUAGCUCGAGCGGAGCGAGAGCGCCAGAGCGCCAGAGCGCAACUGCGGAACGCAGCUACGGAGCACAGCUACGAUUCCAAGGUGUGGUAG